AUGAAGAUCCUCUUCGUCCUAUUCCUUGUCGGAGCUGCCCUGGCUAAGGAGUCCCCACUUAAAGCCAUUCUACGAUCCCCGGUGGAAACUCUGAAGCUCUACAAUUCCUUUAAAGGCGAGCAGCAACUCUCUUUUCAUGCAGCUGAAGAUCGAAUGAGAUUCCGACUGUUCAGAAAAAGCGCAGAGUUUGUGGCGGAAGAAAACUCUGUUGAAGGAGAAACGGCCGAUUUCGCUCUUAACUUCUUCUCUACCUUGACCGAAUCUGAGAAACAAUCCUGGCUAGGGUUUAACGCUACCGGUGCAGAACCAAACCUUCUCCCUCAACCUAACUAUGGGUCAGAAGAAGAGAAGGAUAUACCAGAAGAAAAACUGUGGACUGACGAAGGUAAAGUGACCGCUGUAAAGAGUCAAGGGAGCUGCGGAUCCUGCUGGACCUUCGCAGGAGUUGGCGGACUGGAGACAAGGUACGCUAUAAUAGCUGGAAUUCUGAAGACAUUUUCUGAGCAGGAGUAUUUGGACUGUGUCUACGAAGGAAGGAGAGACGGGUGUAGAGGAGGUUGGAUGGAGAAUUGUUACGAAUUUUCAGCCGAAGCUGGAGGACGCCUUGCUAAGUCAGCAGAUUAUCCAUACACUAAACAAGACGGGGACUGCCUGGGUUCCAGCAAGCCUGAUGCCAUGAUAGCUGCAAAGAUCACCGGGAAUGUUCCAGUUGCGCGAAGUGAGCAGGCGAACAUCGAAGCUCUGGCAGAAGGAUCUCUUGCUGUAGCCUUUGAGGUCACCGGCAGAUUCUAUCAAUACAAAAGUGGAAUCUUCAAAGACACCACGUGCAAGAGAUACCCUAACCAUGCAGUCACAGCAGUUGGAUAUACCAAGGAGUACGUUCUGGUAAAGAACUCUUGGGGUUCACGUUGGGAGAAGCUGGAUACGUGA